CCACCUUUUCCCCACAGCAAGCACAUACCUGCCGUAUGGAAGUACGACGUCACGAAGAGCCUGCUUUUGCGAGCCGCUGAGCUCGUCGAUGCAAAGGAGGCUGAGCGGCGCGCGGUGCUGAUGAUCAACCCAGGCCCAAGGCAGCCUCCCUUGACCCUUGACACCAUCCUGGCCGCACACCAACUGCUGAUUCCCGGCGAACAGGCUGUGUGCCAUCGCCACACCCCAUUCGCCGUGCGGUUCCUGAUUGAGGGCGACUCUGGAUAUACGGCCAUCUCCGGCAAGAAGAUGUACAUGGGGCCUGGCGACCUCAUCAUCACGCCGGUGUGGAACUGGCACGACCACGGCAACGAGGGCACGAACAACGUCAUCUGGCUCGACGGCCUCAACAUUCCGCUGUUCAAGCACAUUCCCGUGGACUUUACGGAACACUACGUCGCCACACACGAAUCCCGGGUAGUGACGGACGAGGAGGCGACCGACAUGAAGUUCCCCUGGGCCAAGACGCAGGCGCGUCUCGAUGCCGCUGGUGGUAGCUAUGCCGAGAGUGAGUACCUGCUGCCAGGAGGUAAGUCGGUCUCGACAACGAUUGGAGCCUACGCGACGCGUGUAGCUUCAGGACAGGUAGGGCCAACGGUGCAGGAGACGGCGAGCCGGAUCUAUCAAAUUCACGCGGGUGCCGGUCGCACCGAGCUCACGUCACCCGAUGGCAAGGAGAGGUAUACUCUCAAGUGGUCCAAGGGUGACAGCUUCUGCGUGCCGUCGUGGUACCGCUACAACAUUUACGCCGAUUCCGGCGCCGACGCUUAUCUGUUUAGCUUCUCGGACAAGCCCAUGCAGGUGACAUUGGGCUUCUGGGGAUCAAAGGAGUAG